AGGCUGACUCUGAACUGGAAGUAAAAAGAAAGCAGCAAUUAAUUCUCCUUCUUCCCUUCCACAAAACCCCCUCCAAGAAACUCUCCAAUCAAAAAGCAUGCAACAGAUCAUCAGCAAUCGAUCUCUCUGAUUUUUUUCCCCCAAUUUCACAUGGGAAAGUCGUCCUCGCAGCUGAGCAGAAGCCGCCCGGAGCAGACGAGCAACGGCGACGACAGCAGUAGCAGCAGCAGAGGCAAGCGGAAGAGGCCGAUGGCUAACGGCGGCGACGGGGCGGCGCGCCUGCCGCUGUCGGAGGUCGUCUCCGAUUGCAAGGAGCGGUGGUUUCAGGACUCGCUCAAGGAGGCCAAAGCCGGCGACGUCAAUAUGCAGGUGCUCGUCGGUCAGAUGUAUUAUAGCGGCUAUGGCGUCCCAAAAGACACCGAUAAGGGGAAAUUUUGGAUGACUAGGGCUUCGAGAGUUAGGUCUUCGGCGUGGAAAGUUCGAAAUAAACGUCCCGGUUACAAUGCGAGUGAUUCUGAUUCGGACGAGUCAGCUGAUGAUUCUUGAUCAUCUCCUCUUAUAUAUCUCUUCGUGAAAAUUGAAGCGUCGUUGAUGGCUUACAAAAUACGCAGUGAAUCCGGUCGGUGAGAUCCCUGGUUUGGCCAUCUAAAAGUAUUUUUGAUGCUUGAUCUCUGCCAUGAAACGCUUAGUACAAGUUUCUGUUCCAACAGAUCAUGUUUGGAUGCUUUUUGUUGCCAAGAUGUGUUGUUCUAUACUUCAAUUCAUGUUGCCUUUAUUUUACAUAUGUGAUUAUGGAACAGUUUUGGGGCGAAGUUUAUGUCAAUUCUUAAAGGUUUUUUUUUUUUUUUU